AGAGCUCCCCUGCAGACCAGCAUGGCCGGUCCGGGCCCGGGUCCGCACGGCCAACUCCAUCCCAGAGCUUCGCCGCCAUGGCCCCGAGCCACGGCCCCGCGCUGAGGCGCGUCUACAAGGCGCCCCCUCUCGCUGCCAUCGAGCACGGCCCGUGCCCCGUGAGCCUGGAUGGCGGACUGGUUCUGCCCAGCAGCUGCCACGGCAGGACCUGGCUCUUGGACCCCGCGGGCGAGGUCCGGGGUGGAACCAGAAGCGGCCGAGUGCCCGACCGCCCACGGGAGCCGAGCCCAGAGGCCAGCGGCCUGCCCAAGGCCCACCUCCCGGGAGCUGCCCAGGUGACUGGCGCCCAUGCCGGCCCCUGCGGGAGGCCCAGGGGCCCGUCGGGGCGCGUCGUGGCUGAGUCCACGUGCACGUCUGAGCCUCGCCCGGCAGGAAAGAGCCGGCCCCCACGCUCUGCCCUCCAGGGCUGUCCACCUGGGGUGACCAAGCGCUGGCCCCCCAAGACUAAUGUGCCCGAGCUUCCCCAGACUCUGGACCGUGAAUCCAGCCAGGGCCACACUCAGAGCCCCGACUCCCGGCCCCGCAGACCUCUCGUCUCGGUCACGCCGGGGCCACCGCUUCCGGGACCUUCUGCUGGUGCGUGUGAGCCAACCUGCUGCGUGACGGGGGGCUGGCAGCUGCCCGGGAAGUGAGGGGCGGGCGGCGCGGAGGGAGGGCACGCUCAGUGGGUGGAUCGCUCCUGGGGCCUCAGGGAGCUUUUCUCUCUGAAAACAGACGAAGGUGCUCGGGCUGUAAGUGGUGAGCGUGUCUCCCACUGGGUCCAAAUACAUUGGUUUUCAGGGGGAGGGGGGCUUUCUGGUGCUGAGCUGGGACGGGAAACUCUGUUAAUUACUUUAGUCACUAAGGGUCAGAGGUCAAUCAAAGUUCAACCAGAGACUAACAUGAGUGCGUGCCAAGUCACCAUUAUACCCACUGCUGCUUAUUAUCUACACACACACUUAGCCCUGAGUCAUUAAUAAAAUAAUAAUAUAACAUAAUGUAGUAUAGCAUAGUAUAGUAUAACAUAACAUAAUGUAAAUAGAGUGCAGCUAAUGUCAGGAACCCACAUGUUAUUGGAGUUGAGACCUGUCGCCCACCCGGUCCUGUGACCCUCAGGGUCGGCUCUGCAGGAGCCGCCGUGCAGGGAACCGUCAGAACCACACCGACGUCCGCGGCACGCGCUGUCCUCCUCCGCGUUCUCUGCUGUGGCUCACACUCCGCCGGGUCACGGGGGGCUGACCCCUCGCUGGACACGGCAGAGCACUGUGGGUUCACAGCCAUGGGCGCGGUAGCCUGCGGCCGCCGGGGCUCUUUGGGCGCGAGGAUGGGGUGCGGCAUGGACGGCGCCUCCAGCCCCAUGGCUUCCUCCUCUCACUCUGUCGUAAGCGGUUUUGAGCUGGGAAAUGUUCUUUGUAUCAAAUACAUUGAAUUCAUGUAAAGUUACAAGCUUCACCGUCAGGACAUUAUUUUCAGUCAGCGCUUUGGUGGGUUUUAUAAUAUCGGGUUGUGUUGUUGUUUUUUCAUGAGACGACAACAGUACAACUAUUUGGAGGGAAGAGGGCAUGUGCCCUCACCCCGUUUGCAUGUAUGAAGGAGAAUCGAGACCGUGUUGAAGAUGGGCACACGCCACUGUGAGGACCACAGACCACGAGUCAUGUGUGUGGGGCUGGACUGGCCGAGCGGCUGUGGGCUGCCCUCGGAGGGGCCCUCACGCUCCAGGGCGACCCCGUCAGCCGGGCUGGGCUUUGUCCCGAAAGGCGUCCACUCCCAGGUCAGCGGCCCCACACCCUCAGGAGGCCGAGGGUGGUUUGAGGGCCUAGAUCAGCGAUGGCGAACCUAUGACACGCGUGUCAGAGGUGACACACGCACUCAUUUUCUUUGGUUGAUUUUUCUUUGUUAA